AUGCAAAGAUGGCUCAGACAAUAUCGAGCAAUUGUUUUAAAUACGUAUAUACCAAGAGAUCCAUUGUGUUCCCGCUCAUACUCCACGAAAACAGCCUUCUUUAACAAAAACCCCACCCAGUCCCUUCCAGAAAAGUUAUCCACGUAUAUUUCCAACUUAUUGACUGAGCAGCACGAUAAAAUGUUAGACCAGCCCGUUCAAAAACUAAUCGACACAGUUCCUAAUCUCGCAAGGGACUUGAAAAAGUCCAUUGAUAUAGAGAACAAACUUUACACCGUGCUAUCUUACGAUCCUGUUCUCAUUGAUCCGCGACUAUACUUACAUUUCUACGACCCCACGGUUGGAGCUUCUGUCAAAAGGUUAAUGCUAGAACGACUUUUGUAUCAUCAACAAUAUGCUGCUUGUUGGAAGCUCUUCACUGGUGAUACAUUAAACGAUUUAGAUGCGUUCCUAUCCACGACCAAAGCAUUUAUAACGAAGCAGAGAAAUGAUUUUGCGGUAAUAGACUUCAUCAUUAGUAUGCCAGAGUUUGGGGAAAAUGAUGCCUACCAGUUACUGGUGUUGGAUGCGUUGAGUCAUGCGUUUAACGUCAAUGCACGUAGAGUACUACAAACACAUCACGAUAUUAAUGACCUACGACAGCUUUCGGAUUUACAAACAUACCCCAAACACGAUUUCAUUUCAACUGUAUUGUGGUUGAAACAGAUGAUGAAACGCUUGUAUUAUGAAGGAACUACAUCUCAACAAGUUCAAGAAGUUUUAGUACAAUCCUCUGAUAUUAUGAUGCGUCCAGGAUGGAUUAGCUCAAUUUUCCCAAAAUUUGAAUCUUGGUCGAGUUUGGCUUUCCCAAAGACACCAAAAAGCAUACUACCCUAUAUGGACUCCAUGAAUGAAAUGUUAUCCAGUGGUGUUCGUUUAAGUGAUUUAGACACACUAUAUAUGCUCCACUCAAACGUUACUCCUUUCUCCAUUUUCCUGGUCUACAAAUUGUCCCAUAUGAAUAAACUGAUACUAAACUACUUGAUGAAGUGUCUAGUUGACAAGUCCAACCAUGAAGAGCUAAAAGCGGCAUACUUAGUUUCCCGAAAACAACUCGAUGUACCCGUUGUGAUCAUGUGUGUUAACAAGUUGUUAGCAAAUGAGGCUUAUGUUUUGCCAUUGAUCAAACAGCUCGAAAAGUCCAAAAGAGAGAAAGUGAUCUUGAAUCUUGAUUACCUCGGUGCAUCACAAUAUAUGGAACUAAUUGUACACUUCAACAACAACCAAAAAAUCGCUCGCCAUCUUGUUACCAAAUUUGCCAACUCGGCUCAUUCACACGUUGAGAACUUGACAUUAUUAGCUGCCUCAAACAUCAAUUCAAAGAGAACCCUACUAGAAAUCUUUCGCUCAACAAUACUCCGAGCUGGGGUUGUUGAUCAAAAAUUCAUAUCCGUCAUAUUGAAUGCCAUUGUGGAUAAAGCCAUCCCCAACAAAGGAGGUUUCAAAAAUUCACUAGACGCCUUAGAUCAAAAAGGGAAAACCCUUAUGCAUAACACCUUCAGGUCACUUGGGCAAUCUUUAUCUCUUCUUGGUGAGACUGAUUUAGCUUUAGCAUUUGAUGCAAUUUACAACACAAUUCACCAUGGGUCAUUCUGCUACAAGGGCGAUAAAAUAGCUCAGAAGUAUAUUUACAAGUCGUUAUCAGAUGAAGCGAUAAGAUUCAUCAUUCGUGAAGAUAAUCGUGUACAAAAACUCCAAAAAAUAAUGGGGAAAAUGACCACAUCAACAUUUUGGGUCAAAUACUGGCUCAUUCACGCUAUGGUGCUAGAUGACUUUUCCAACGCCAUCAAGCUAUUGGAAUUUUAUCAAAGGAGUAAACGCGAUUUGACCCAAUUUUUCCCAGCAAUUGUAUUUGGAGUCAUAAAAUCCCAAAAAAUGGAUUUAAACGAGAAGGUGAAAUAUCUUGAUUGUUUUCUAACUCGGGCAAAGAAACUAAAGUAUGAAAAUGUCUUGAAAUUCAAAGCAGGAGUAGAAUUGGUACGCCAUUUUCAAAGGGCUGCAAGUAAUGAUCUGUUGAGCAAAGAAUCAGUUAAGUGGCUUGCAGCAUUGAGCGGGAAAAAUCGCCACAUAAGAGGAGCUUUUCAUUUCAACAGGAUAAAGAAACAUUCAGUCGUCAUGAAGUAG